AUGGCUCAUUUUAUACCAUGCAAGGGUCUACCUCCGGCUCAAGCCACAGCACAAUUGUUUUUGGAUCAUGUGUUCCGGCUUAGAGGAAUGGUGACUACAUUAAUAACGGACAGAGGCAGUCAGUUCUCUUCUAAGUUCUGGAAAGCUCUUUUUGGACUGUUGAAGGUGCACAGCCAGAUGUCUUCAGCGCACCAUCCGGCUACCAAUGGAGAGGCAGAGAGGACCCAUCAGAUGUCACAACAGUAUUUAAGGUGUUAUACUUCAUACAGCCAGGAUAAUUGGCUUGAGUUAAUACCCUUGGCGGAAUUCCCUUACAACAAUUCAGUGCACUCUUCAAUUGAGAUGUCCCUGUUUCAAGCAGGGAUGGGCACCCCAGGUUUUACCACAGACUGUCUCAGGGGGGGAGUGCCAGGGGCAACGCAUUUUUUGAGAGAACAGCAAGCAGCUCAGCAGUUAUUGAGAGAGCAAUUAGCAAAGGCUAAGCAAGCGUAUAAGAGAAAUGCUGAUGCCCACAGACAAGCAGGUCCAUUGAUUUCAGUGGAAGACAGAGUCUGGUUGUCUACUAAGUUUCUAGCUUCCAAAAGACCAUCCAGAAAAUUGAGUGAACGCUUUGUCGGGCCAUAUAAAGUCUUGCAGAAAGUGAAUAACUUAGCCUUCCGAUUGCAGUUGCCCUCAUCCAUGAAGGUUCAUCCAGUUUUCCACCGCUCAUUGUUAGUGAAAGAGGCUCUUCCAAGUCCCUUGAGAACGUGCACACCCCCACCCCCUCCAGUUGUGAUCGAAGGAGAGGAGGAAUACGAGGUAGAGGCAAUUUUGGACUCUCAUAGGAGAGGGAAAGAGAUUCAGUAUUUCAUCCAUUGGAAGGGUUAUCCCGAAGCUGAUCGUUCAUGGGAGAAUGCAAAGAACGUUCACGCCCCGGAGCUAGUCAUUGACUUCCAUAGGCAUUUUCUGAGCAAGCCGAAGCCUGGAGUACUGUCCGGAACUUCAGCAGUUAAUUUACAAGAAGAAGGAGGGGGCGGCGAACUGGAGGAAGGUUUGGUAUGGAAUGUGGGGGAGGAGCAGACUCGAGGUGGCAGCCCGCAGCCUUCCACUUCAGGCUGGCAGAUGGUAGGAGGGAGGGGGGCCAAUACUAUUAAUGUUGUAGAUGUUUUUCAGGAACCAGCGGAAGAAUGUAUAGAGGAGAUGGCGAGUGCUGACGGACCAUCCUUCUCGGACAUGUCAUCUCUCCCGCCCUUGCCAACUUACACCAAAGUCUUUGACCACCAUUUAGCCACUUUCAAGCUGGCUUCUGUUGAUAUCAGCUGCUGUUCUAAACUGCUGCUGGAGCUUUGGCUUGGCAGUUUCUUAGUCUGUGCUGGGGUGGAAGAGGAAGGUGCUUUACCAGUGGCUGGCUGGCUGGAGCACCUCAGCGUUGCUGCUGGAGCACUGAAGGUGCUGGGCUCUGCUGCUCCUUUCCGCUUGUCUGCUGCUGCUGCUGCUGCUGGUGGUGGUGGUGGUGGUUUGGUGAAGUCCCAGCCUGCUUCCCCUUUGCCAUCAGUUACCUGUUGA